CUCGCUCCCACUCCCCACCUACCUCCCUUUUUUCUCGGACAGUGUGGGUCAUGUGAUUGGCUGCCUGCUCUGUCUGUGCAGCCUUGGCCAGCGGGAGAGAGGAGCAUCCUUCAGUUGGGCGCUUACAGAAGGGAUGCACACCUGUUUCGGGGGCUGCACGCUGUCAGACAUGCACAGACCUGCUGGAGACAAGUGAGGAACCCCCCCCCUGCAACGAUAUUCAGGCUGCACCGGUGAGAGAUCGGAUUAUGUGAUGGGUACACUCCGGGACCUGCAGUUUGCACUACAGCUAAAGAUUGAGGAGCUCCGUCAGAGGGACACACUAAUAGACGAGUUAGAGUUGGAGUUGGACACAAAAGACGAACUCAUCCGCCGACUGCAAGAAGAACUGGAUCGUUACAGAACCGCCCUGUCCCUCCCUGGACCCUCUACGGCCGUCGCAGCUUCCGCAGCUCAAAUUGAGGACAACAGGAGGGCAAAAAGGCAGACAGUCAUUUCAGAGCCCUUCAGUCCGGAUCCCAUGACUUUUGCGUCGGUUUCUUACAGAAGCUGUGACAAAAGCCAGGAAUCUCAAAGGCUGAUCCGGUCAGCGUUUUGGAAAAACGACUUGUUGAAGAACCUUGACGAAGAAGAAAUGAGGGCAGUCACCGCCUGCAUGCACCGAGCCUCCAUCAAUCAGGGCUGCUUUGUCGUCCAGGAGGGGACCUCUGGGGAUCAGGCUUUUGUUUUAGAAGAAGGAAGACUGGACGUGACAAAAGAUGGACAGAAGGUGCUCACUUUGGAGCCAGGGGCCACGUUUGGAGAGGUGGCGCUCCUCUACGGUUGCCCCCACAGCAUCUCUGUCUCAGCGCAAACAGACAGCAAGCUGUGGGCCAUCGACCGCAAGAGCUUCCAGUGUGUGCUCACACAAUGUGGCCUCAGCCGGCUUUCUCAUUCAGUGGAGCUGCUGAGGAGCAUCCCCUUUCUGCAGCUGUUACCAGACGAUGUCAUCAGGAAAUUGUUUGAUCAUGUGGAAGAGACAAACUUCGCAGACGGGGACUACAUCUUUCGGCAGGGAGCCAUUGGAGACACCUUUUAUAUCAUUAGCAAAGGCCAGGUGAGUGUGACAGAAAAGAAGCCAGGCCGUCAGGACCAGGUGGUUGUGGCCGAGCUCUCUGAGAGACAGUGGUUUGGAGAAAAAGCUCUUUGGGGGGAAACCAUUCGGCCUGCUAAUGUGAUGGCUAUUGGAGAAGUGACAUGCUUGGUAAUAGACAGAAGGAUCUUCAGGGAUGUUAUUGAAGGUUCAGGAUCCGACAGCCUUGCAGAGGUGCAGCACAGCAAUGAACCAAAAGUCAAGCCAAAAGAGGAUCCUGCCUCCCUUGCAUCUUCCACCUUAAGCGAUUUCCAGAUUAUUCGUACUCUGGGAGUUGGGGAGUUUAGUCACGUAGACCUGGUGCAACUAAAGAGCAACACCAGGUGUGUUUAUGCCAUGAGGGUCCUCAAGAAGAAACUGAUCCUCAACAGCGGUCAGCGUGAGCACAUUCUGAGGGAGCGCAGCAUCCUGACGGAGGCCCGUUGUCCCUUCAUUGUCAGACUAUACAAAACGUUCCGAGAUGCUGAGCAUCUUUACAGUUUGACAGAAGCUUGUCUGGGUGGGAAUUUGUCUCGUCUGCUCAAAGAAAAAGGAUAUUUAGAUGACGGCAGCGCCAAGUUCUACACAGCGUGUGUCGUCGAAGCGUUGAGUUUCCUUCACUGUCGAGGAGUCGUCUAUAGAGACGUCAAGCCUGAAAACGUUGUUCUCGACGAGCAGGGUUAUGGCAAACUGAUCAGCUCCAGGUGUCUGAAGAGGGUGGAGGUGGGUAAGAAGACGUGGACGUUCUGCGGCACACUGGGCUACAUGGCACCGGAAAUCAUCCUCAGCAAAGGCCACAGUACAUACGCAGAUCUUUGGUCACUGGGUGUUUUUGUGUUUGAGCUUCUCAGUGGUAGACUCCCGUUUGAUGGCUCUGAUCCAUUGAAGAUUCUCUCUGCAACCGUCCAUGGCAUCGAUCAGACCGAAUUCCCCAAAUCAUUCUGCAGAGAUGCCUGCGAUCUCAUAAAAACCCUUUGCAGGGGCAAACCUUCAGAGAGACUGGCCAGUCAGAGAAACAGGGCCAAGGCCAUUCAGAAGCACAAGUGGUUUGAUGGAUUCAACUGGGACGGGCUUUGCAAAAGAAAAUUGACCCCUCCACUUAUUCCCAAAGUCAACCUUCCUCUGCAAAGCGCUACAUGUGCUCUUUAUUCUGCAGAGGCAGUGGAGCUGUGCACAAGCUGGGAGGAUUUCUGAUCAUAGUUUUUCCCGACAAAGACCCCUUUCCAGAGUCCAUACCGGCAGAUGUUGCUUGAGACAUUAACCGCUUUACUUCACCCAAAAAGCUUAGACUGUUUCAGACACAUAAAACCUUUUAUAGAUUUACAUGCAUAAGAUUUCAGUGGUUUUGCUGCAGUCCAAAGAAAAACACAAUAAAUCAACAUGUCGUA